CCUGGGGGCGGGGCCCGGCCAAGGUCCGGCAGACUGCGCGGCCAGACGCCAGCGCCAUGGAGGAGUACGCUCGAGAACCUUGCCCCUGGCGGAUUGUGGAUGACUGCGGUGGAGCCUUCACGAUGGGUGUGAUCGGUGGCGGGGUCUUCCAGGCUAUCAAGGGCUUCCGCAAUGCUCCUGUUGGAAUUCAACACCGGUUGAGAGGCAGUGUUAAUGCUGUGAGGAUCCGAGCUCCCCAGAUUGGAGGUAGCUUCGCAGUGUGGGGGGGUCUGUUCUCCACCAUCGACUGUGGCCUGGUGCGGAUGCGGGGCAAGGAGGACCCCUGGAACUCCAUCACCAGUGGAGCCCUGACGGGGGCUGUGCUGGCUGCCCGCAGUGGCCCACUGGCCAUGGUGGGCUCUGCAAUGAUGGGGGGCAUCCUGCUGGCCCUCAUCGAGGGUGUUGGCAUCCUUCUCACUCGCUACACUGCCCAGCAGUUCCGCAAUGCACCCCCGUUCCUGGAGGACCCAAGCCAGCUGCCCCCUAAGGAGGGUACCCCAGCCCCAGGCUACCCCAGCUAUCAGCAGUACCAUUGAGGAAGCUGCCUGACACUGCGCCACCAUGGGAACUUCCUCUCGGUCUCCUCCCCGAUGAUCUACCUCGAAGGGAGGGCUGGCUCCCAGUUAGCCCUGGGACCCUCCAGAGAGGGCCUCUACUCUGCUCCCUGUCCCAGGGUGGGGAUGGGGCACCCCAGCUGCCCUGACAGAUGGGUCCCCUUUUUCUCUCUCAGGGCACCCCAGCCCCACACAUGUAACAAGCUCUUACCCCAGCUCCUUCGUGUGGCACCCUGAUGAGUAUUUAAAGCCAGUUUGGAAAUGC